AUGCCUCUCCCCCAACUCAAGGACCUUCCGGGCAUGCCGAGAGGUCACGCGAGCUUCUCCAUCAGCGUUGUUCUUUCGUACAUCGUUGACUGGAUUCUUAUCGUCGGUAUCGCCCUCAUCGGCUUUGGCUUCCACGAGGUCGAGCCAAACCACAUGCCUUUCUCCCUGACCGACAUAAGCUUCUCAUACCCCCACAUAAAAGAUGACACAAUCAGCACCGCCGUGCUGGCCGUCGUCUCGCUCAUCGCUCCCGCCGUGCUAAUCGCAGUCGUAUGCCUGCUCCUCACACCGGGUGCAUCCAUCGACAGAUCAAACUCGGCCUUGGACUCGCGCCCCCCAUCUAAAGCCCUCCUCCUACGGCGCAAGAUCUGGGAAUGGAACGCAGGCUGGCUGGGUCUUGCGCUGGCUUGCGCGGGCGCAUUCAUGGCUACUGAGGGUCUAAAGGAUCUAUAUGGCAUGCCGCGGCCAGAUAUGCUUGCGCGGUGCGAUCCGGAUCUGGAGAAUGUUGCGUCUUUUGCGGUUAGUGGGCUUGGGCAGAGGCUGCAGGGGGCCCCGACGCUGGUCAGCUGGGACAUUUGCCGCAAUAAGGCGGAUAUCGUCAAGAACGAUGCUUUCGUUAGCUUUCCGAGUGGACAUUCGUCUUGUAUAUUCAUGUCCUUCUUCGCUGGAGACGCGCAAUGCUAA